AUGGGUGAGAGGUUGCAAGGUUCGAAAACUUUUGUCUGCUUGUUUUUUGACUGUAAAGCCAAGUUCUCCAAGUCGUGGAAGCUCGAGGCCCACCUGUGUAAACACACCGGAUUUAAACCGUUCCCCUGCGAGAACUGCGACAAACGUUUCUGCACCCGCUAUGAGCUCACAAGGCAUGAGCUCAACCAUAGUGGGGAAAGGCUGCACAGGUGUCCAACAGACGACUGCUCUGAGGCCUUUGUGCGACAUUCCAGCUUGAAAAAACACGUCGCUCGAGCGCACCAGCACAAGGAAAGACGAUACCAAUGUACACAUGAGGACUGUCAAGCUAGCUUCAGAAAAAAGUACCAGCUAAAAGCCCAUAUCGGGGAACAUCAAGGGACUCUACCUUUUUGUUGUCAUGUUGACGGUUGUGUGAGUGAGUUCCCCUCGCUCGGCAAGCUGAAGCACCAUGAGAACAUGCAUAAAGGUUACCCCUGUGAGGAAGAGUUGUGCCCUUUCCGGGGAAAAACAUGGUCAGAGUACCAGAAGCAUCGCAAAGAGCACAUGGUUAAAUUGCCGUGCCAGACGUGUAAGAGACAGUUCAACAAUAGCUGGUUCCUGCGCCAGCAUGAGUUUCACCGCCACACAGAGGGAAAGCGAUGCUUUCCGUGCCCUAAAGAAGGGUGCGCCAAGACUUUUACCCACCGUUUCAACUUGGACAACCAUGUCCUGGGGGACCACGAGGGGAAGAAGGCUUUUAGCUGCGCGCACCGUGAUUGCAACAGGACUUUUGCCAUGAAGGAAAGUGUGUGGCGACAUGGAGUGGUGCAUGAUCCACUCAAGAGAAAGCUGAAGAAAUUGCGUCCCAGAAAGAAGCCAGCAUGGAGCGCAGCACAGGCAAAGCUGCAGGCUGCUGCUGAGACCAACAAACUUUCUGCCAAGCUGUGCAAAACCCAAAUAGAGGACCUUAAAUCUUGA